CGAGGGCCGGAAAAGAGAGCAUAAGGGGCUUUGUUGGAGUUGUCGACCGUGAUGUUUAAAAUUAUAGCUCCACAAUAAUCGUUUCACGGACAGUGACAUUUUGAUAGAGGCUAUGUUUAAACGGAACGUUAACAAGUAAAGUGAGCUGUUUGCUUUUCUAAAUUUCGGGGUCCGUGAAAGCGACAUGACGUGAGACUGAUGUGUGAUUGGUGGAGAAUGAGGAAGAGAGUGGGGUUACGCAGGUGUGGAACAAGUGAAGUUACAGGGCAGAGCUAACCAACGCCUGUUGACUGCGUUUACUUUACGACUGAAAAUGACCCGUUGACCGGUUGAAAUUAAUUUAAAUAAACGCCAGAAAGGCAGCGGUGCCUUCAGAAGCCUGCAAUUCGUGUCAGAAGUAAAAUUGCUUUCGCAUUAAAGGCUCGCGUAGGGUACCUUCACUGACCCCCGGAAACGAGCACAUAAAACUACAUGAAUAAAUCACGCCAAUAGUAAUAGUUUUCUCUUCAGUUAUCAUUUAAAUGACGUCACAUACCCGGAAGUCGUUGGCUGCACCACCGGCUUCUGGUCUCCCCGCACCGCUUCGCAGCCGAUGUUAGCGCUUCAUUUGCCACACACGAGACAUGCUGCUGUUGAUGCUGGGAGGCCUCCUGGUGCUCUUCUGCACCGUGGACGUGUGGUACUUCCUGCGGGGGGCGCAAGUGUUUAUCCAAACCCUGCUCCAGCCUAAGAUACGGGACGUGCUGGCCGAGCAACGGGUGGACGGCGUGGUUCUCCCCCACGACGUGGACUACAAGGGUCACAUGAACAACUCCCGCUACCUGCGAGAGUGUGACUUUGCCCGCUUCCACCACUACAUGCGCAACGGGCUCUUCAUGGCCUUGUGCAGGAUGGGGGCCAAGAUGGUGGUGGGGGCCUCCACCAUCCGCUACCGCCGCUCCUUGGCAUUCGGAGAGGCGUUCGAGAUUCGCACCAGGGUGCUGGGUUGGGACGACAAGGCCUUCUACUUGGAGCAGCGCUUCUUGUCCAAGAAGGACGGCUUCGUGUCGGCCGUAUUGCUCUGCAGGCAGAACGUGGUGCACAGCAGCCCUGAAAAGAUUGUCGAGUUUGUCUGCAAAAAGAAGAUCGAAUGUCCUCAGCUGGGCGAGGACGUGAAGCACUGGAUCAAUUUCAUUUCAGCCAACAGCCAAGCCCUGAGGGCCGAGAGCGGACUGGAGCAGAAGAAGGACGAAUGAAGGCGCGCACGCAUGUGGUUGGCAGUACAAUCACAAAGACCAAGACCGUAGUCGAGGGCAGUCACCGGGGCCCGAUGAUAUUCCGCUGGCUUUGUUUCUGCCUUGUAUUAAUUUAUUUUUAUGUAUAUGAUGUUACGAAGGGGAUAUGAUAAGUUCCCACAGCAACUUGAUCUCCCACAGAGAUCCGUGCAUGGUUGAAACAGGAGAAUGUUUGUGUGACUCCGAUUAGUUAGUUGUACAAUACUUGAUACAAAAGAAGAAGAGAGGAAAUAAACCACACAAAAAGCAACUUUCAUGUGUUACCAUAAAGGGAUCAUCUGCUUUAUUUGAAGGCUGACUUGAACGUACAACGGGAGUUGUAGUUAAAGCCGUUAAUGUAAUGUUGCAGGCAACUUUGGAAGACAAUACAUAAAGAAUAUGAAUGAUUUUUAAACCUUGCACUUCAUCUUCUGACCAAAAUAAUGUUUGUAUUUUAAUUAUCAAUGUUGAGAUGUAUGUACGAAUGUUAUUUGUUAUUAAUGCACUGAUUGAGUCGUGGUGGGGAGAGUUGCAUUGCUGUUAGGUUCCUCUUAAGUUAUUUAUGGAAUAGUUGUAUUUAAAAUGGCAUUCAAAUAAAAAUGCACUCCAGUCCUUGAGUGGCUCUUCA